CAGACACACAACCCUCUACACACUGUGUGUUCUACACCCACUUCCACUGUGGACAUGACGGGACUCGUGGAAGUGAGUUCAAGUCAACGUCCUGGUUUUUAAUCCGCCAUGGAUCCGGAAUCAUCUGCAUCUGUCCUCUGCCGAUGUGGAACCGAGUCUGAUCAUUUACCCGAGUGCAACAUCAGUGAUGUCCCUUACAUGGAUAGAAACCGACCCGGACGUGGCGAUGGAAGGGACUGUGCUCGAGAUCAGAGCAUAUCUGAGACUGACUGGGAAAUAGUUUCAGUACAGAUUCAAACUGGGGAGGAAGAGAGUCAAGAAGCUUCUGAGGUCACAGUUCAGACGAGAGAAGGAUUCACACUUCAUUCUGGUGACAAGGACAAUCCCCCUGCAGCAGAAGAACCUGGAACACCACACAAGAUUUGGAGGAAACAGCUCAGAACUCGAAGGCAUAUGUGCCAAAAGGCCAAGAAACACCAAAGAGGAGUUAAACCGUACAAAUGUGUCCACUGUCGGAAGCGGUUCACCUUUCAGAACCCUCUAAUCCUGCACCUACGGAGUCACUCGGUGAGGAAGCCGUUUGUCUGCCCGGUCUGUGGGAUGAACUUUUAUCUGAUGAGACACGUCAGGUCUCAUUUGACCAAACACACUAUAAACACCAGCGUCAUGUUGGAGGUGCAAGAGGAAGCAGAGACAGAAAAUGGUUUGAUCAACUCAGGAGGAGAAUGGGAUCCGACCAACUCUGCUCCGCCCUCAGAGCUGGAUCUCAGCUCACAUCGGCCACAGGAGAAAAUGCUCCUGAGCAAGAGAGCUGCAGAGAUUAUUCACCAUGUUGAGCCGACUCCUACAAUACCGGCCCUGGAUCACAGCCCAGCACCUGAAGGACCAACUCCAGAACGGCAAGAAUCUGAGGAUGAACAGCCUCUGGAAAACCCUUCAGUGGAGCCGAGACACUACCAGGGGCCGCACCGACCCAAGAAGAAGGCCAACUGUCCGACCUGUGGAAAAGUCUUCCCUCACAACUCGGGUCUGAGGCGACACCUUGUGAUUCACUCGGGUAAAAAACCAUACAAGUGCUUCAUAUGUGGCAGAGGAUUCACCCAGAGCGGAAACCUCAAAACUCACAUGAAGGUCCACAAAGGAGAGGUAAAGAUCUGGUCAUUAGUUCGAGAGACUCCCCCGAAAGCCGCUCCUGUGACAGUCCAUGUGUGUGGAGAGUGUGGGAUGGAGUUCCCUCAGAAACAACAGCUGGAAGAACACAGAGACACUCACAAGAAGCCUUACGCGUGUCCUGACUGCACCAAGACAUUCAAAGACAAGUAUUAUUUAAAACAGCACAUGCGCACUCACGCCGUAGAGCCAACGUUUCUCUGUUCCGAGUGCGGAAAGAGCUGCGUCUCUGCAGGUUCUCUCCGAAAACACGAGUUGACGCACACUGGAGAGAAGAAUUUCCACUGCGUCCAGUGUGGGAGGACAUUUGCACAAUCCUCCCACCUCAACGUGCACCUGAAAACUCACACGGGCGAGCGGCCUCAUCUCUGCUCCAUCUGCGGCAAAAGCUACGCCAGAGCAUCGGCUCUGAAAGUUCACCUACGAGUUCACACCGGGGAGAAACCCUACACGUGUGAUAAGUGUGGCAAGUGCUUCCAUUACGAUCAAGGUUAUCGAAAGCAUCUGAAGAAUCACAACAAGAAGCCGAAGCCCCCAACAAAACCUCUGGGGAGACCCAAACAGCAGCCGUUAGUGGAGAUGGGCUCUGAAAACCCAGACGACUUCGGACCAGCUGUGAUCCUCGCGGAGGAAGAUCACCAGGAAAUAGGAGGUCUGAUCAACUCUGACGGGGAGGAGGUCGAUUUCUCAGAUCUCGGAGAGAGUGCCGUCCCCGGUAUCGUGAUUCCCGAAUCUCCCUCAAAGACAUUCGAUCUCACAGAGAAUGAAAAACCAGCAUCUCUCCACAGCUGCUCAGUGUGCGGCAAAGACUUUCCCUACGCCUCCAAACUUCAACGCCACCUACGCACGCACUCCGGAGAGAGGCCCUUCCCCUGCUCCAUGUGCGAGAAGAGAUUUCCCGAGAAGGGGCUGCUCAUGAUCCACGAAAGGGUCCACACGGGGGAGAAGCCGUUCCCAUGCACUUUCUGCGAGAAACGCUUUGCGAGUCAGGGGGAGCUGCGGCUCCACCGGCGGACGCACACCGGCGAGCGGCCGUACCACUGCUCCAUCUGUCUGAAGAGCUUCUCUCGUCACUGGCACCUGAAAACACACUUAGAGGCGAUGCACUCGGAGGUGGUCGCCGGCUUCAUAAGGAAGAAGUUUCCGUGUUCGGACUGCGACAAGAGCUGCAACUCAGCGGCCGAGCUGAGGGAUCAUCAGAGGACUCACACCGGAGAGAGGCCCUACCAGUGCUCCUUCUGUGACAAACGUUUUGCCUUGUCCGGUACUCUGGUGAGACAUGAGCGUCUCCACACCGGCAUCACACCGUACCACUGCUCUGACUGUGGGAAGACAUUCGCGCAGCAGUGGACGCUGACAACACACAUGCGGACGCACACAGGAGAGAAACCCUACAGCUGCACACAGUGCGACAAGUCGUUUGUAGCGCCCGGAGAGCUGCGGAGACACACCAGGAUUCACACCGGGGAGAAGCCGUACACCUGCAGCGACUGCGGCCGGCACUUCUCUCUGGCAGGAACUCUCCGAAACCACAAACGCUCGUGUACACAGAACAAAAGUGAAUCCGAUUCAGGCGUCAUCUCAGACCCAGUUCAAGCUCCAGUUGGUGAAUCGUCCCAGAAAGACCUGAGCGACGACAUCAGUGCUGAGGUGUCAGACACACAGAGUUCACCCAGUUCAGAGGAGCCCUGUCCUCUGGAGGGUCUCAACUGUGACAAAGCAGCUCAGUGUGAAAAUACCCAGAGGGAACCAAAGGUACAGCAGCAGGAGCAGCAGCAGGAGGUGGCAGCAACCAGUCCACAAAUGAAUGUAAUCGUGAAGGAGGAGGAAGAAGAGGAACCUUUGUGUGAAGAAGCUCCUGAGCAGAUGUCUGGGAGUGAAGAUUGUACCAUGACAGAGGAAACUGAAGAGGAGGAGCAGCAGCAGGAGGAGGAGAGCAGGACAGAUAUCAGGAUUACAGUGAAAGAAGAAGAGGAACCUGAUAACAUGUCUGAAGAGGAUCCCGAUUGUGUUGCUAACAGUGAAAAAGACAGUCCUCCAUCCUCACCAGUGGAGGAUCCUUUGACCAACAAUCAGACAAAGAGCUCUUACUGUUGUGGGCUCUGUGGAAGAGACUGUCACAAGAUGUCCGCGCUGCAGAUCCACAUGAGAAUCCACUCGGGAGAGAAACCCUUUCAGUGCUCUCUGUGUGGGAAGCAGUUCACCCAGAAAGGUCAACUCAAAGGUCACCAGAAAGUCCACACGGGGGAGAAACCCUUCUCCUGCCCGGACUGCGGGAAGAGCUUCGCCCAUUCGGGGGCGAUGAACAGACACCGACUCACGCACACGGGGGAGAGGCCUUACCACUGCUCCGUGUGCGACAGGAGCUUCAACCAGUCCGGCCGCUUGAGGGAGCAUGAGAAAAUCCACUUCGGGGAGAAGUUCGACUGCCCCGAGUGCGAAAAGAGUUUCACGCGAGCCUCAAGCCUCAAGAACCAUUUCCGGCUCCACACGGGGGAGAGGCCGUACGGCUGCGACGUCUGUGGGAGAGGAUUCAGCCGCUCGCAGAGCCUGAGGCUGCACAAACGUAAACACGAGCUGAUACAGACUGAGGAGGAGUCUGCGUCCAGUGUGAAGAACGAUGAAUUCUCACAGAGCGACGAUGACUCUCCGAUUAAUAUGUGUAUAACGGACAAAAACGACUUAUAAUGUAUUUAUGUAAACCAUACAGGUACGUGCCAGUAGUACUAUGAAAGUACAGGAGUUCAGGCAGCUGAACGUGAACUGAGCGAGCAGUAACUACCUCUGUGUAUAGACAGUUAUUAAACCUAUAUGUGGUGUUUCACCCAAAAAGUAUUUAAGCUAAAAAAUAUUUAACUCCCAGAAAAGACAAAUGAAGAAACAGACACAAAACAUGUUGAUGUUCAGCGACAGGCGACAACGAUACAAUGAUGAUGUACCACAAAUACAACUCAAUAAAAAUCUCGGGUACUGUUUAGACGAUACACUUUAGAGAUCAUACUUGCUCUUGUUUAUCACUCUUACCUAUAUUAGUUGCAUUUGAACAUCAUAGUAUUUAUGGUAGUACAGAUGUGUCAUUUAAGGUUUGUGAUUUCACUUUGUCCAUGCAGUAUUCUUAUUGAAAUUAAUCGUGUAUGUGGAAAUUGGACUGAAGAAUAGUUGAUGUUUUUGUAUCCGAUGUUGCUGUGGCCAAUGAGAUGUGAAGGAAUCAUGUGAAACUCGAUUUCAUUCUUUGGUAAAUGUGCCCGAUGAAAUGUAACAAAACAGUGGGAUCCUUAAUAUCCAUCCGGUGCUUGCCCGAAACCAUUUUGCCUUAGUUGUGAUGAACUCUUAUCUCUGUUUUGAUUUGCAGUCAUUCAAGAUCCAAAUUGUGAAUCAGGUUCACCUGGUUUAAAAAGUUCUUAAAGGCCAAGUGACUGUUGUGAAAAGAGGAAUUCAUCGUGAUGCAAAAAGCUGAUAAUUUGAAGCCAUGUAGAUGGUUCAUUUUGCCCCGUGCUGCCUCUGUCUAAUUGUAUGGAACGUGUUAUACUGAACAAUAAAAGUAUAAAUACCA